AUGUUCACUACGCAGUACUACGGUUCACACUACGCAAAUAUUAUACAAGAAUUAUCGACAAUAGGAAUAAAGACAGAGAGAGAUCUUCUACUUGCCAAAGACGAAUUCAUACUCUCGAAGACAAAUAUUUCUCCCGAAGACUACUACGAAUUUAAACGAGAAGUAAUUGCUACGUGUAAAGUACCCGUAAGAAGGGGAUUAAGUCUUAUAGAAGAGCAUCAAAGGAGUUUAUUGUCAACUGGAUGUAUAGGACUUGAUAACAUUCUCGAAGGAGGUUUACGUGUCGGCGAAAUUGCAGAUAUAUCUGGUGCAGCCGGAACCGGGAAAACCCAAUUAGCACACUUUAUAUCACUAGCAACAAUAACAUCUUCUUUCUUCUCCACUGCUGACCCUUCUCAUAUCUUAACGCCAACUCUUUCUAGCGUCAUCUACAUUGACACAACAUUGUCGUUCCACCCAACGCGUAUACGCGAUCUAUAUCUCCACAGUGACAAGUUUGCCGAUUUACGUGACAUUGGGGUGGAUGUUGGUGUUGUUCUAUCGAGAUUGAAAAUUUACAGGUGUUUUGACGUGUAUGAUGUUUUGGAGACUGUCGAGAGCGUUAGGAAAGAGUUGGAGUCGGGAAGGGGUGCCGAGAAGCAGUGGACGGAGGAAGAUGGAGCGGAAGAUGAGGAGCGAGUGGAAGAUGACAAAUUAGCAUGCUGUCAGGAAGGAGUAUGGGAUGAGAGGGAAGAAAACGCGAAUAUUUCGGUAAAAGAUGGUAAAGGGAACGGAAAUGAUCAUGGCGAAACAAAAGACUUUUACGGCCGGUUGAAAUUAAUAGUAAUAGAUUCUGUAUCGGCUGUGCUAUCGGGAUUAGUCCAAACGUCGCAUUCGCAAGGAUAUUCGUUAAUGAUGACUUUAACACAAAUGCUUCAGCACAUGGCAAGAACAUAUAAUAUUUUGAUAUUGACCGUGAAGACGCUUUCCGCUUUUUCAGCCGUCGACACCAAACCAGCUCUCGGUACUACAUGGACUCAUCUUCCAUCGCUGCAGCUCUAUCUUUCUCGAUGUGCUGACGAGGAGAGAGUAUACACUAAUAGAGAUGGAGAAGGAAUAACCGUUCAACCGAGAGUAUGCGAAGUCUUGAGAGCACGAACUGGCGUUAUGGGACUAUGGUGUCUGGUUUACAUGGGUGAUAAUGAAAUAUUUGCACCAGAACCAGGAGAGUAUUAUAUUUCUGGUUCAGACCAGGAGAGUAUCUAUUGA